AUGAGCGAGAGUUCCUCUGAGUCAAAGAUCGGGUCACAUGUCAGCCCCAAUGACAGUGUCUGCCCAUCACUGUUCUUAAUGUUCAAUGAUUCUUGUUCACCAGACGACAAGGAGACCACAUGUAACACAGGCAGUGUUUCUUCCUGGAGUUAUCAAGAGGAACUCUGCAGCUCCAGAGACACAGCUCAGAGUGUAACUUCCAAAGGCCCCUCCUCUGGGGAUACCAGGCAGGGAGACUCCAGGAUACAAGAAGAAAUUAGUGAGGAAAUGACUAUCACACAGGAAGAGGCCAUGAAUGAGGAAGGUACCAUCAUACACGAAACAACCAUACCCCAGGAAGAGGCUCUCACACCAGAAGUGACCAAUACUCAUGAUGAGACCAUCACAGAAGAAACCACCAUGGUCGAUGGAGAGACCAUGGCUCACACUGAGGCCAUCAUAGAGGAAAAGAAUAUAAUGGAGGAGGAGGACAUGCAUCGGGAAGCAAAUGUCUCCCUGGAAGUGAGGAGGACCCAGGCAGGGCAUAAGACUCAGGAUGACAGCAUCACAGAGGAGGAGGCCAUCACCCACGGCCAGCCUGAGGUUGCCGGCCAGGCUUCCUCCCCAAUCCGGAGGCGCCACAGGUGGAAGGGGUUCAGGAAAACAAUGGUGAACUGCCUCAGACACGUGUGCUUCUGUUUGCCACCUGCCAGCAGAAGCCACGAUGCCUGUCAGAACCUGGCUCCAAAGAAACCGGAUUGUGGAGUCACUCAUAGAACCUGGUGGCGACCGGCCUGCUGCUCCUCUGAGGAUUCCUUCAUGCCUGAUUAUAAGAUGUUGAAGACCGUGGGCCAGGGACAAUUUUCGAAGGUUAAGCUGGCCAUCCACGUUCCUACUGUAACCCAUGUGGCUGUAAAAAUGAUCAGAAAUGAGGAGUACGCCUCAGUUGUUGCUACUGAAAUCAACAUAAUGAAAUCUCUCAAACACCCGCACAUAAUCGAAUUGCUGAACGUGUUCCAAUCAAGAGACACCACCUUCUUAGUGAUGGAGCACGCAUCACAAGGAGAUCUUUUUGGACACAUUAUGCAACAGAGGUGCUUAAUUGAGAGUGAGGCACGGAGGCUAUUUACCCAGAUUCUCCUUGCAGUUCAAUACUGCCACAACAACCAGAUCGUCCAUAGGGACAUUAAGGCCAAUAACAUACUGCUUGACUGUAUGGGAAACGCAAAACUUUGCGAUUUUGGCCUUGCAGCAAAGGUGCCCCCAGGGGACCUGAUGACAGAUUCCUGUGGUACCCCGCUCUACUGUGCUCCAGAAGUGUUCUCAGGUGAAGCCUAUGAUGGUUUCAGAGCUGAUAUAUGGAGUUUGGGAGUUCUCCUCUUCCUCAUGGUGGUUGGGCGCUUUCCCUUCUGUGCCAGGUCUCCUGAAGGUGUCAGAAUACCUCAGCACAUUUCCACCGAUAUUUCCAUAGUCAUCACCCAACUACUGAUGAAGGACCCAGGCGGGAGGGCCAACAUUGAACAAAUCAUGGCGUGCCCCAUGAUCAGGGACACCAUUGCCCUUUUGCCUCCUUCCACACAGAGACUCCCAGGCACCCUGACAACCACCAGCAUUGUCAGCAGCAUGACGGUCAUGGGGUAUAAGUCUGAGGAAAACACUGAUUGUCUCAGAGAACAAAAGGACAACCAGCUGAUGGCCACUUACCUGAUUCUCAAACACGAGUCCUCUGUGGGAGAUAGCUGCCAUCAGCCGGUGAAACCCAGGCAGUCAGGCCUUGUCCUCAACCUGGGAGAUCAUCACACCUUCCCUGUGCCUCUAAGGAGAGCUACUGAGCCUGCUCCCCUGGCCUUCACCAUGUCAUGCAGUCUUCAGGAGACAGAGCAUGAGAACAAUGCCAGGCAGGGUGGCACAAGGCAUAGCAUGCCUGCCACCCUAUGCCACCUGUCAGACAGGCCCCAACCUCCACACCUAGUCUUCCCGAACAGGCCCCGUUCUCUUGACCUUACACGCAGUAGCGUGGUAAUGAGCGAGAGUUCCUCUGAGUCAAAGAUCGGGUCACAUGUCAGCCCCAAUGACAGUGUCUGCCCAUCACUGUUCUUAAUGUUCAAUGAUUCUUGUUCACCAGACGACAAGGAGACCACAUGUAACACAGGCAGUGUUUCUUCCUGGAGUUAUCAAGAGGAACUCUGCAGCUCCAGAGACACAGCUCAGAGUGUAACUUCCAAAGGCCCCUCCUCUGGGGAUACCAGGCAGGGAGACUCCAGGAUACAAGAAGAAAUUAGUGAGGAAAUGACUAUCACACAGGAAGAGGCCAUGAAUGAGGAAGGUACCAUCAUACACGAAACAACCAUACCCCAGGAAGAGGCUCUCACACCAGAAGUGACCAAUACUCAUGAUGAGACCAUCACAGAAGAAACCACCAUGGUCGAUGGAGAGACCAUGGCUCACACUGAGGCCAUCAUAGAGGAAAAGAAUAUAAUGGAGGAGGAGGACAUGCAUCGGGAAGCAAAUGUCUCCCUGGAAGUGAGGAGGACCCAGGCAGGGCAUAAGACUCAGGAUGACAGCAUCACAGAGGAGGAGGCCAUCACCCACGGCCAGCCUGAGGUUGCCGGCCAGGCUUCCUCCCCAAUCCGGAGGCGCCACAGGUGGAAGGGGUUCAAGAAAACAAUGGUGAACUGCCUCAGACACGUGUGCUUCUGUUUGCCACCUGCCAGGAGAAGCCACGAUGCCUGUCAGAACCUGGCUCCAAAGAAACGGGAUCCUGGAGUCACCCACAGAAUCAGUACUGAAGAUGUCAAGGCCCAGCUCCGUGGCUUAUGAGCCACGGGUUGGGGAUCGGCCUGGCUGAGGUGUGGACAAUCCCGCAGGAGAGCGAGGCCAGACGUCCAGGAGCAGUGUGUCCACAGGCUCCUCCUGCAGAGGAAGAACAGCUGUCCACACCAGCUGAGCUCUCACCAGGCCGUCAUUCACUUUGAGAACUGGAUGCCGAACUCAACACCACUUGCCUCAGCGUGAGGGGAUGAUGGGUGUCCUGAACAUGGAAAAACUGAAACUUUCAAGAGGGGCCAGCAACCUGCUGUAGGCCAUGCCUAGUGCCAGCCACAGUGUGCUCUCUGCCACUCGGUGGUUGCCUCCAUCUACUUGACUCCUUGCAAUUCCAUGUCUGCUCUCAGCCAGGCUAUGGUUGCUUCCAAUUCUGUGUCAUUUCAAGUUGAUUGUUCUCCCACAGACUGUCCCAAAUUGUCAUGUCUCGACGAACAGGGAAGGCUGUGUGACUGACAUGGAUGGUCUGUCUAUCCCACGUGUCCCUAAAUUGAACCCAGGAAGAAAAGGUUCCUGGAAUCUUCAUUUUGCUGGGACAUCAUCUGUGCUUCCCAGCUUCUCCGUAUCUUGUUCUGAGAGGUUCACAAAAAAUUCUCUGACAUGUCCUCUGAGCAACACUAAGUUCAUCAUUGGAAAGACAUUUUUAACCGAAUCUGAGAAGGAAGGCAGGCCGCUCUGUAGGAAAAGAUGACUUGCAGCAGGAUCUUCGUCUUCUUCUCCAACUCCCCAAGCCAGAAUUUCCAGGUCUGAAUCCCUCUGCCCUGUCAAGUAGAAGCAGCUCAGGGCCAGUGUAGGGAGUUCCGGGCUGAGUGUAGCCCAUCACAAAGGACAUGCACAUUUUGAAUAUUUGAAGUCUGAGAUGUGGACACUGGCGCUGGGAGCUGUGUGAAUGAAAGGACAAGCAGGAAUGGCAGCUUGCUGGCCUGGGAUCAGUGAGACCCUCAUGUGAAAAGUUUUCUGUAUGCAGUCCAGGCUGCCAAGGACUGGCGGCCUCCUACCACUGGCCAACUGAGUGUUGGGGCUUCAGAUGACCUCUAUUUCUACUGAGAGUCUUUUGACGGACUGAAAGAAAGAACUGUGGCCAGACACCACUUUUCUUCUGAAGCUGACAAAAUAGCUUUCAGAGCUGGGCUGUCCAGAUGUCCCUGAACAAAUUUCACAGACCCACUGCUGCUCCUGGACCUGCACUCCACAAUGGAGAUGACUGGGUUGCGAGUAAAGUCUGUGAAAUCCACACCAGUGUGAGAUUCAGAAGCACAGGAGGGCUGGGACCGUGCCUGUCUGUCCACAAUACAGUGCCUGCUUUCGUUGUGACAUAUGAGUUCUUUCCCCAGAAAGCGAGGGAAAAGCCAGCAGGCUGGCUGAGGCUUCUUACCCCAGAUGGAGACAGGUGCUUCAACCUUGCUGGACUUGAGCAAGCCUGUGUCCAAAACACAAGGUGUACAGCAUCUCAGAGUUGACAUUUGAGGGAAUACAUGUGCUACAUACAUAAAGGUUGGAGAAUACACGUGGAUAUAUACAAGCACACAGAUGCACAAGCACACAACUGUAAACAUAUUACAGCUUGGGGCUAUCAAAAGCCAGUGGAGAUGCCCCUGCACUAGAAGAAGACCACCUCCAUCAACUCUACUAGCACCCCCAUAUCAUUAAGUUAUGUUUGUUAAUUUGGAAAUAAAUUGUGUUUUUUAAUGA